GACAAUGUGGCGGGAAGACUUCCUGAUUGUAUGUACACAAAGCCCCUGCGAUACCACCGUUGCUACAACUCGAUUCAAAAUGUCAGCCAGAGACACUCUGAGGCACAACAAAACAGCCAUCCUGAUGACUCUGUGUGGAGACUUCAGACUAAUCCUCAACAAGGUCCAUGAGAAAAACCUGAUAACUGGCCGUGAGUACAACAACCUUAAGAGCAUCAACAAAGAAGACGCAGAGGGCCACGUCGUUGAGCUUGUGGAUAAGAUCAUGAAUAAAGGAGAGACUGUCUGCCGGGAUUUCCUUCACCUCCUGCAAACAGACAAAGAAGUUGAGACAACUUACCCAGAGCUGAAGAACAUGCAGCUGAAAGACACCUGUCUUUUACCCAUGUCUGUCCAAGCAUGUUCACUUGAUGUUCUAACACCAGAAAUCAAGAGGCUAAAAAGGGAGGAAUGCUACCAGCUGAAGAGCCACCCUGUCGGCCUGUGUGUGAUCAUAAACAACGAGAAUUUCAUGGAUGGCAGAAUGAGAAGUGGAACCAACAAAGAUGCUGAGUGUUUGGCAGAGGUGUUCAGCUGGCUGCGCUUUAGAGUGCUGAUGUGCAAAGACCAAAGCCAGCACCAGAUGGAGCGAGCCCUGAGGUGCUUUGCUUCUCUGGAUGAUCUCGCUCAGCUGCAGGAGUUUGAUGUGAAGGAGUGGCUCGGCACUGGAUUUGUGGAACUUCAGCAGGCUCCCAAGCAUGGAGAUGCCUUCAUCUGCUGUAUUCUUAGCCACGGAGAAAAGGAAGUUGUCUUUGGUAUUGACAGGAAGCCUCUCUCCAUUAAGCAAAUUACUAGAACCUUCAAGGCGACUGAUCAGUCAGCCCUCUCUGGCAAGCCUAAAGUGUUCCUGGUCCAGGCCUGCCAGGGUGGUCAGAUACAGCGAGGAGUGUUACUGAAGGAUCUGGAGGCUGAUGCUGCUUCACCGUUCUUCCCUGAAGAAGCAGAUUUUUUGGUUGCUAUUGCGACAGUGGAGGAUCAUGCAUCAUUUAGACACAAAGUAGAUGGGAGCUGGUUCAUCCAGUCUGUGUGUCAACAGUUAAAGGAGGGUUGUCCGAGGGGUGAAGAUCUCACCACCAUCCUUCACCAUGUGAACAGUGACGUAAGCCAGAAAGAGGGUUCCAAGGAGUUUGGGGCAGCAAAGCAGAUGCCUGAGGUUCGGUUCACCCUGAGGAAGACACUUGUGUUGUCACCAGAAGCUUAGUCUCCAAAGAUUCUACAAACUCACUAUGAAUGUACAGGGAAAUAUUUUUUAAAUGUUUAUCUUUCUGAAUCUUUUAUCUCAUUUUUAUAUCGUCAAAAUAAGUCAUUGCCUUCAAAUACUGUGUCAUUGACAUAAGGUCCACAGCAUGAGGGUCAGGGGUGAGUACAGCACUGAAUAAGUAAUUUAUCUGUUUUACAAACAGAUGUAAGCAUAAACCUUUUUUAUGAAGUUUACUUAUCCACAUAAAACAAAUCUAUGGAGCAUUUGAAAAUACAUAUUUAGAAAAUAUUUGCUGACACAAACACUUAACCUUUUUCAUUGUUAUAGUGAAAAAAAAGACAAACAAACCAACAUAAAUAACAGACAAAUGUGUCCAUUAAAAAUAAGUUAAAUGGAGAAUCUGAGCCUUUGUAUACAUUGAUAGUACAAAUUACUUUGUCUUUUAGUGUUUCAAAAUAAAGUCAUGUUUAUUUUUAAAAAGAAGUGAACAGUAAA